AUGUCUACUUCAAUUCUCGGUAAAGGUCCCAUCUUCGUCUCUGGUGCUGAUGGUGAAAAAGCUUCAGCCAUUGUCGAGCAAAUCCUUCAUUUUCCUCAAAAGUACCAUUAUCUCGCUGCGCAGACCGUGUACGCUGGUGUUCCCGAUGCAUCAACAGCAAGAGCCAAACAGGUCGAAGCGUUAGGGGCUGAAUUAGUCGCCUUUGACAUCUUCAAUGAUCAUGCGCGCGCUGUCAGUGCCUUGCAAAAGGUGACCAAACUUUGUCUUGUCAUCGAUCCUUUGAGCCACCGAAUCAAUCGUUCCAAUGCCUACGAUUAUGGGAAAAAGUUUAUCGACGCUGCCAAGGAAGCUAAUAUCCAACACAUUAUCUUUUUGACUCCCUUUUCUCCCUUGGAUCCCGUGUCGCCUCCAGUCACCCCUUCGGCGGAAAUCUCCAUGCUUAACCUGAAUGAACCACAAACUUUCCGCAGUCAAUUCAUGUUAAUUGAAUCUUAUUUGCGUUCACAGUUUGACAGCCGUUGUACGACCAUUCUACGUUAUCCGGGUAUACUUCAUCAGCAUCUCGUUGUCUUCCGCAAAUAUAUUAUGGAGCACAACGCUUUCCCGGUUCCGCAUCGCUACCUUGAAAAUACCGUCGAAACUUCCAACAUGCUGGAUAUCGCUCGCGCCGUCGCUUGUAUCGCCCACUCGCCUGUAUCACGACACGGAAAUCAAGCAUACAAAGUGACCGGUCCUCAAUUAUUGACCCUCCAGGAACUCAGCACACGUGUCUUGAUCGGUCUUCGCCGUGAUGUGGCCGUCAACACGAUGGAUAUGCCCACUCUCAAACAAAUCCUAUGUGAUAGCAUCGGCAAUGAAGAGCACGUUGUGUUCUUGUUGGAGAUGUGGGGUCUUCAGCAGAAGCUGCACGGUCGUCGAUUUGAAGUCACUCGCGAUUUGGAGGCCCUGACGGGACAAAGCGGGAAAACUUUGAACGAAUUUUUUGAAGACGAUUCUGUGUUCGCCUCUUUCAUGUCCGCCAAUCCAUGCCCCUUUGUUGCCUAA